GGUGUGGUUGUUAAUUGAAAUGCUGGCCUUAUCCUCAACUCAUGACAAGAACAAAGUUGCAGCAGAAUCCUAAUGAGGGAGAAUCAAUGGCUUUGGAGCACAACUCUGUUAGAUUAAUGAAGCUUGGCAAGCUCAUAUGCAAGAAGGAAUCAUACAAGUUGGUGGACAGAAUACGAAGAACUACAACCAUUGAAGUCUUUCUGCUCAAGGAUUCAAAGAAGGUGAUUGGAAGAAUCUGGUAUUUAUUGACUGACAUUACAGAACUUGUUACUUUGUUUUCAUUGUUUCUUGAUAUCUAUAUUCUCAUUUCCACAAACUCUGCAAAGUAGAAGACACGGUUAUUGUUUUUACACGUCAGACAAUGAUUGAUAGGAUUAAUUUUGAUUAUGUUACUAAUAAAGUGCGAUUAAAUUAUGAUUUUACAUAUCAAAUGGUUAAUUAUUCGUAUUUCAGCAUAAUAAAAUAGUCAUGCCCACUGAAUUAAAAGACCUUUCAACUUGUCCAGCCUGUUGGAAACGGUAAUUUUUAAAGUUUCUUUUAUUAGUUUGAGCAUCAAAGUAAAGUGAACGUUCCUUUUUAGAAAAAGGCAGCAUUCCUUAUGUUGUCCCUAUAAAUAGUCUUGCAUGAGAGCUCAAACUCAUAUAACAAGAAGCUUCGAUAUUAGUUUCCUCUUGCACAAUUUCCCUUCUUAAUAUUUAAAGCCUGUAUAACCAUAUUUAGACCAAAUUUGUAUAAAUUUGGUCCAAAAAGGUUACAAGGUUUUAAACGAACUUGAAAGAAACCUUAGAUAUAUCAAGUGUACGUUUGUUUCUUGGCUUCAUUUCAUUUGCUAGGUAAACUCUAUCGUACUAAGAAGCCAUGGAUAAGGUUAAGAGGUUGGUUGCAGAGAGGAGUGUGGUCAUAUUCAGCAAGAGCUCAUGCUGCCUAUCCUAUGCAGUUAAAAUUCUAUUGGGGGAACUUGGAUUCAAUCCUUUCGUGUAUGAGAUUGAUCAAGACCCUGACUGCAGGGAAAUAGAGAAAGCUCUCAUGAGGCUUGGCUGCAGUGCACCAGUACCAGCCGUGUUCAUCGGUGGAAAGCUAAUCGGAUCCACAAAUGAAAUCAUGUCGCUCCACCUUAGCGGUGACCUGACCAAAAUGCUGGUGCAAAGCCGUGCUUUGAACAACAAAUACUAAAUCUAACCAAAUUAUUCACUAUUCUGUUGGAGAAGGAAAACGAUAAUAAGUUGGCACAAGUCUAUUAGUGAAUAGUUUAUGUGAUGCUAUGCGUCAAGAAUUAUGUAGCAAUUGUUUAGCGAUGUAGUAUGUAAUACGUUUAUUAUUAUUAAUGAAGCUGCCUCCUAUUUUCUUGUGUUCA